AUGCUUUGUCUUAAAACAGAAGUUCUCCACGAUGACCUCGACAACAACCAUCCUAGUAAUGGUAACACCAAUGCUGAAACUGGAAGUGGUGGCAGUUCUGGUGGUUUUCUUCUUCCUAUCAAUCUGGGAGGUUCGAUUCAUAAAUAUUUGUGGAGGAUUGGAAAGAAAUUCCUAAAUGCACAGUGUUUUCAGGAUGCUAAACCCCGCAGCAAAAGAGGUGGGCAAAUGAAAGGUGAGGAUAUGUCUUUUUACAAACACCAGCUUGAGCAAGAUAUAAAAAAGUUGCAACAACAGUUGCAAGAGGAGAUUGCUGUGCGCUUAGCUUUAGCAAGUGCUGUUGAACACUCAGAUUCAUCCUUCUCAAAUUCACCUUGUCAGCUUCCAGAUAAGGCUCAAGAGCUCUUGGAUAGCAUAGCUAUUCUGGAAAUCUCUGUAUCCAAGCUAGAACAAGAAUCAGUUGCCCUCCAAUAUCAGCUUAGUCAAGAGAGAAAUGAGCGUCGUCUUGCUGAGUACCAUUUGAGGCAUUUUCCCUAUCCACCGUCAUUACCAUUCGAUUGUUCUCAAUCUGACCUGACAGAAACGAGCAUGAGAACCUGCAGCAUAGAGAAAGUGGAAGGAAAGGUGGAGUAUAAUAUUCUGUUGCCAGAUGUAAUUAGACAGCCAGAUAAGGAUCAUUUUGUUGAGAAACUUUGGCACCAUCCUAAUCGGUUAUCAGAAGAAAUGGUCUUGUGCAUGAGAGAUAUUUUCCUCUCCUUGGCAGAUCUGUCCAAACUUUCAUCUCCUGAGUGUGUAGCUUCACCAUCCUCACCUCAGGGCCAUCUUUCUUAUUCUUCUUUGGCAUCUUUCUCAGACUCGCCCAUAAAGAACUCCUUAAUGAAGAGUCCCCCAAAUGACAUGGAACGUGGUUCUGAAAUCGCUGCAAGAUAUUGCAAGUUUGAUCCGUACAGAGUUCCUGGUAAAGUAGAUUGGACAAAAAGUAUCGGAACCUACUGCAGUGCUGUUGAGGUCUCUUGGUUGUCUGUUGGGCAGAAAGAGCUGGAGUAUGCUUCUGGAGCUCUCAAAAGAUUUAGGUUACUUGUUGAACAGUUGGCUGAAGUUGACCCAUCUUGCCUGAGUUGCAAUGAGAAGUUGGCAUUUUGGAUCAAUGUGUACAAUGCGUUGAUUAUGCAUGCAUUUUUAGCAUACGGAGUUCCAAGAAGUGAAAUUAAAUUAUUUUCCUUAAUGCAGAAGGCUGCUUACAUCAUUGGAGGGCAUUCCACUAGCGCUGCUGACAUUGAAUACAACAUUCUGAAGAUGAAACCUCCAGCACAUCGCCCACAAAUAGCCUUGUUUCUUGCUCUUCAGAAAUUUAAGAUAACUGAGGAACAGAAGAAGUUUUCCAUUGAUCAACCUGAGCCUCUCCUAGCUUUUGCUUUAAGUUGUGGGAUGCACUCAUCACCUGCAGUGCGGAUCUUCAGGCCUGAAAUUGUUAAUGAUUUACUUCAUAAUUCAUUGAAAGAUUAUGUCCAAGCAUCUGUUGGUAUAAGCAAUAAGAGUAAACUAUUGGUGCCCAAGUUGCUGUAUUGUUUUGCCAAAGGCAUUGUGGAGGAUUUGCUACUGCCUGAGUGGAUCUGCCAAUUUCUCACCCCGGAGCAAGCUGUUGUGGUUAGAGAUCGUCUAUCAAACCACAAGUGGAGACUCCUUGGUGCCCGAAGCUUCUCUAUCCUACCCUUUGAUUCAAGGUUCCGCUUUCUAUUCCUGAUGUAG